AUGGAGAUUCAUUAUUUUCAAGCUUCUAUUUAUACAAUAGAAUAUGAACAACCCGAUAUAGAGGAUUUACGCAUAGUGGUUGGCGUAGGCUUUGCUUACGAUUAUAUUCAAGAUAAUAAAGCAAAAAUUAAAGUUUUAGUAAAUGAAGAUUGGGGAAAUUUCAAAAGCCCUAGUAAAACUAAUACAGUAUUACAAUAUGACAAAUCUUAUAGAGAAGUUGUUAAUUGGGAAGCUGGUACAUUAAGUUUGGAACCUUCAAGAAGAAAAAAAUUAAAUUUACCAAAACCGGUAAAAUACUUUAAAUUCUACUUGGGAGAUGCCUCAAAAAGCAAAAGACCAAAAUUACUGCCUAGUAUUACUUUUGAAAAAGCGAUAACUGAUUAUCUCCACGAAAUAGAAUUCAAUGAAAAUUCAAAAACAAUUAUGAGAAGAUGUAUAUACAAUGCUGGCUUGAUCCAAAAUAUCGGCACAUUAAAUCUUCAAUUCACUACUGAACCAGAAGCUGCUUCAAUUCAUUGCAUGAAUAAAUUAAAAGAACUAAAUUUAACUACAGGAUCAACAUACUUAGUUGUUGAUUGUGGAGGAGGAACCAUGGAUUUAACAGUUAGAAAACUAUUGUCAAAUAAUCGAAUUGCGGAAACAACCGAGCGCACAGGUGAUUUUUGUGGUGGUACUUAUGUAGACGGCGAAUUUCUAAAAGUUUUAGAGGAAAGAGUAGACAUUGCAAAAAUUUUAAGGUUAAUUAGAGAACAAUUGUCAAAGUGUUCAAAUUGUUCAGUACUAUUUUUAGUGAGAGGUUUUGGUGAGUCGAAGUAUUUACAAUCUAGAAUUAAAGAAAGAUUUGAAAAUCAAGUGAUAGUAGCAGCAGUUGUGUCGGAUGCAUGUGAAUAUGAACUUGAUAUGAAGAUUGUGAUUACGAGAGUAUUAAAAUGGUCAUAUGGGGUUCUAAUUUCUUCUCUUUGGAAAACUGGAGAUCCACCAUCACACAAGAGAUCUAAUGGCCGAAUACAAAAGUUUAAUUUAUUAGCUAGAAAAGGGACAGAAGUGGAUGUUAAUGAAGAAUUUUCUGAUAGUUUGGUGCCAGUUUAUCCGGAUCAAACUUCUAUAUUGUUUCAAUUUUUUUAUACCACAGAAUAUAAUGCAACGUAUUGUAAUGAACCUGGAAUGAAAAAAUUGGGUAGUUUUGAGGUUAAAGGUCUGCCUACUGAAAAAUCAGGAUUGGAUCAUUCAGUAUUGAUAACAUUACGUUUUGCAUCUAUGGAAAAUACUGUUGCAACAGCAAAGAGUAAACAUAGUG